GAUAGCAACGUAAUGAUUGAAAUUACUAGUCACGUAAUCUCGUCUCGUGGGUAUCACGUCGAAAUGUUCGUACCGUUUGUGGUAUUUUGGGCGUUAAUUUCGGGCGGAAACUGUGCCAGAAUACUGGGAAUUAUUCCCUUUCCGUCCUACAGUCACCAGAUCGUGUUUCAGCCGUUGUGGCGGGAGUUAUCGCUACGUGGACACCAGGUGACCACACUCACGACUGAUCCGAUAAACGACGCCAAGCUGACCAACCUUACCGAAAUUGACCUUCACUUUUCGUACGACGCCUGGCGGUCAGUUUUGGCGGAAGUGGUCGAGGGCACCCAAAACAAUUUUGUCAAAUCGGUCAGGGCGAUGACAUUGGCCAUGCAGGAGUUUUCGCGACGGCAGCUGGCGCAUCCUAGUGUGCAGGGUUUGAUACACGGCGACGCCUCUUUCGACUUGUUGAUCGUGGAGUACUUCCUACCCAGCAUGUUCGCCUUCGCCGAGAGGUUUAGGUGCCCGCACAUCGGUGUGAGCUCCGUGGACGUGCCGAGUAACGUCUUGAGGCUAAUCGGUCACCCCAUUCAUCCCGUGGUUUACCCGGACUACAUGCUAUCGUUCACGGAUCACUCCACUCUGCUUAAACGGCUGAAGAGUAUCGCAUUCUCUUUGUAUGCCGAAUUUGAAUACAAUCACUACCUCUACUCCCUUCAGCAGGAGCUCGUCGAGACGUCCUUCGGCUCGAAUUACUCAUCUUUGGUGGAGAUGGCAAAAAAUGCCAGCCUCCUCUUCACAAAUUCCGACCCCAUACUCUACAAGCCUAAACCAUUUCUUCCAAACGUCAUCCAAAUAGGUGGCGGAUCCUAUCGGAUUCCACCAGCUCCACUUCCAAAUAAACUAGUUGGAGUAUUAGACGCAGCGUCAUCUGGUGUCAUCUACUUCAGCCUGGGAACGAACGUCAACACUGAAAAUUUACCAAACGAGACUAGGAAGGCGAUUCUGGAAGCGUUCGCUGAGCUUCCCUACACGGUGCUGUGGAAAUUUGACUCCGAUGACGUACCAGGCACGCCUAAAAACGUCCACGUCGCCAAAUGGUUUCCGCAACAAAAUGUGCUAGGUAUGUACCGGGUGACUAGCUAUUGCUUGGCCAUAUCUCGAGAACCGUUCGUCAUAUGACUUAGGGGUAAAAAA